UAUACCUUUUAAAAAGUAGGGAGGUGUUUAUAAAAUUGUGGCGCGUGAUGAUUGCUAGUGAUUUUGUCUGAAAAGAUUUGUCUCAUAUAUUUUAAGAACGACUCGAAAAUUAUUAAUUAUGGGUGCUAAAUCUUUUGUCGCGUUAACUGUUCUAAUUGCCGGCAUGGGUAUUGCAAUUGUGUAUCUUUCACCACACGUUGCUUAUGUUCAAGUAGUGAAAAAAUUCCUCGAACAAUAUUCCACUUUCGAUUAUUUUCGGUCUUCGAGUGAAUCUCAAUCUAUAUCGAGUGGAGAAAGAAUAUUUACUGUGGAAGAACUGAGUAAAUACGAUGGAAGUGGAAGCAGCCCAGGACUAUAUUUAGCCAUACUUGGAAAGGUAUUUGAUGUGGAAAAAGGAGCUCAACACUACAGACCUGGAGGAGGCUAUUCAUUUUUUGCAGGUCGUGAUGCCACUAGAGCUUACGUAACUGGAGAUUUCUCAGAUCAAGGUCUGGUUGAUAAUAUCGAUGGAUUGGAAAGUUCUGCGUUACUAGGAAUAGAUGACUGGUUACAUUUUUAUGAAGAAGAAUAUAUAUAUGUUGGUAAAUUGAUUGGAAGAUAUUAUGAUAAAAAUGGAAAUCCAACUGAGGAAUAUAAAUCUGCAAGACAAGCUAUUGAACAAGCUAAACAGGAUAAAGUAAAUUCAGACAAAGAAAAGAAACUAUUUCCACCUUGUAAUUCUGAAUGGAGUAGAGAGAAGGGUACAAGAGUUUGGUGUACAAAUAAAAGUGGAGGUGUUGAGAGAGAUUGGGUUGGGGUUCCAAGAAAGCUUUUUAAACCUGGUCAGCAGGAGAGAUGUGCUUGUGUAAAAGAUUCAGGUUCUCCUUCCGGAAGUUCAAAAAAUAUUGAUAAUAGAGGAGACUUAGAUAAUCCCAACUUGAAAGAAUAUGCAAAUUGCGCUCCAGAUUCAACUUCUUGUUCAUGGAAAGAUUGAACCACAUAACGGGUAAUUUAAUUAACACAAAUUGCUGUGAUCUGUGAUAUUUUGGUUACAGUUAAAUAUUUAAGAAAGUUUAAACUAGGCUUUUACAGUCACAAUAAACAAGUCUUAUGAAUCUCAAGAUUAUAAACACUUCUAGAUGAUUUAUUAUAAAUAGGUCACAUUGCUUGAAUAACAAUUUUCUGAAAUGUUUAUUUUGAAUUAAUAUAACAAUAAAUAACUUAUUAUAUAAAUACAUCAUUUUAAUGAUGAAAAAAUCAGGUUUAAAAUUUUAAA